AUGCCUGUGAUGAAGGGAUUAUUAGCGCCGCAGAACACGUUUCUGGACACUAUAGCCACACGGUUUGAUGGCACUCACAGCAACUUCAUCCUGGCUAAUGCACAGGUGUCGAAGGGCUUUCCCAUCGUCUACUGCUCCGAUGGCUUCUGCGAGCUUACGGGCUUCUCCCGAGCCGAGGUCAUGCAGAAGAGCUGUGCCUGUAAGUUCCUGUAUGGGCCAGAGACCAGUGAAGGCAUCAUCCUCAGCAUUGAUGACGCCCUGGAGGAGCGAAAGGAGUUUAAAGAUGAGAUCAUGUUCUACAAAAAGACAGCUGUGCUGUUCUGGUGCCUGCUGGACAUUGUGCCAAUUAAGAAUGAGAAGGGAGACGUGGUGCUCUUUCUGGCUUCAUUUAAGGACAUCACCGACACUAAAGCCAAAGCCAUCCAAGAGGAUAAGAAAGAAGAGCGACGGCGCGGCAGGGUGAAAACAGGCUCUCCAUUCAGCUCAACUCGUCUGCGGAGCAGCACAGUGCUCUACCACAUCUCUGGUCACCUCCACAGCAGAGAGAAGAGCAAGAUUAAACUCAACAAGAAUGUGUUUGGGGAUCUGCCUGCUCUGCCAGAGUACAAGGUAGCAGAUGCCAAGAAGUCCAAAUUCAUCCUUCUUCACUACAGCACGUUCAAAGCUGGUUGGGAUUGGCUGAUUCUACUUGCCACAUUUUACGUUGCUGUGACAGUGCCGUACAAUGUGUGCUUCAUUGGUGAUGAUGAUGACCUGACCCGCAGCACAACUGUCAGCGAUAUCGCAGUGGAGAUACUGUUCAUUAUAGACAUUGUUUUUAAUUUUCGCACAAGUUAUGUCAGCAAAUCGGGCCAGGUGAUCUUUGAUGCCCGACAGAUCUGCAUCCACUACCUGACCACGUGGUUCAUCAUCGACUUGGUGGCUGCGUUGCCCUUUGACCUGCUCUAUGCCUUCAAAGUCAGUGUGGUGUCAGUGGUCCACCUGUUAAAAACAGUACGUCUCCUCCGUUUGCUGCGGCUACUCCAGAAGAUGGACCGUUACUCCCAGCACAGCACAGUGGUCCUGACGCUGCUGAUGUCCAUGUUCGCCCUGCUGGCUCACUGGAUGGCCUGCAUCUGGUACAUUAUCGGGAAGAUGGAGAUGGAAGCCAACGCCUACAACUGGGAUAUCGGAUGGCUUCAUGAGCUGGGGAAGCGCCUGGAGUCGCCAUACUAUGCCAUAGGAGGUGUAAACGGGACAGGCAGUGGCCCUGGCAGUGGCCCCGCUAUCCGCAGCGUCUAUAUCGCCUCACUCUACUUCACCCUCAGCAGCCUGACCAGCGUGGGCUUUGGCAAUGUGUCCGCCAACACUGACAUCGAGAAGAUCUUCUCAAUUUGCGUCAUGCUAAUUGGAGCAUUGAUGCACGCUUUAGUCUUCGGUAAUGUGACGGCCAUUAUCCAGAGGAUGUACUCGCGCUGGUCCCAGUACCACACCAGAACCAAAGACCUCAAGGACUUUAUCCGUGUCCAUCACCUGCCGCAGAGCCUCAAGCAGCGAAUGUUGGAGUAUUUUCAGACAACCUGGUCGGUCAACAACGGCAUCGAUUGUAACGAGCUGCUAAAGGACUUCCCGGACGAGCUGCGAUCCGACAUCACCAUGCACCUUAACAAGGAGAUCCUGGAGCUAUCGCUGUUUGCCUCCGCCAGCCGCGGCUGCCUGCGCUCACUUUCGCUGCACAUCAAGACUUCCUUCUGCGCUCCGGGAGAGUACCUCCUCCGACAGGGUGACGCACUCCAGGCCAUCUUCUUUGUCUGCUCCGGGUCCAUGGAGGUGCUGAAAGACGGCAUGGUGCUGGCCAUCCUGGGAAAAGGCGACCUUAUCGGUGCGAACCUGUCCUUAGAUGACCGGGUGAUAAAAACUAACGCAGAUGUGAAAGCCCUGACCUACUGUGACCUGCAGUGUAUUAACCUGAGGGGGCUGUACGAGGUGUUGGACCUCUACCCCGAAUACUCGCACCACUUCGUCCAGGACAUCCAGCAGGACCUCACAUACAACUUGAGGGAGGGACAUGAGACACAUGUUAAGGCUCGACUCUCCACAACAGCUCUAGAUACUCAGUCUGGGGUGAGAAGGAACGGACGAGUGGUUCAGGGUUAUCCGCCCAUCAUAGAGGAUCAGGAGGAGCAUGAGGAAGAUGAGAAGGAGGAGGAAGAUGAGGCCAUGUCUGUGUCUCUUUCAUCGGAGCCAAACCGGGCAGUGAACCUCAGGGACACGGGUGGGAAGUCUCUGCUGAGCCGAUCCAACCAGAAGACAGCGGGACAGAGCUCCAAGAGGUCCCGGAGGAAGAUCCAGGAAAUUACUCUCACCACCUUAGACCCGUCCAACCUCAGUCCCAGGAUAGUGGACGGUACUGAAGACAGUGAGGGGACAGAGUGUUCCCUGGCUUUCCCCUUCUCUACCAGCCAAGGUUGUCAUGUCAGUGAAUCAAACAGUGCCUCAGCAUCUGCCACAGAUAUGCUGCAGAUCAGCACUGCAGAGUUAGCAGCUAAAGCAGAGGAGACGAGAGGGCAACUGCGACACCUCGACCAGCAGGUGAGCAACCUCGGGAGGGAAGUGGCCGACCUUGGACAAGUCAUGAAAAGAAUGGCCCAUCUCAUGGAGAGCCUCAUGUCAUCAGCGCCACAGCCUACAGUAGUCUGCCCUACGCACUACUCCCCAGCACACCUCACAUACCUGGCCCAUCCUGCCUCCCCACAGUCUUACCCUUCACCAUCCUCUUCUCAGACUGCCUCCGUCUGGACGGACACGCCCAUGUCAUUGCCCUCUUCUCCCCUCACUAUCCCUCAGCUUCAUGGUGCAAUAUGCCACACGGACUCCCUUGCACAUAGACCCCAGGACCUCCAGCUGGGCUACCCUGCUAACCCUGGUUCAACCCCAACUCGCAACUCAUCUUCCCCUCAACUACAGCCUGUAAUCGCAGAGCCUCACCUGCCUUCCUCACUGCUCAGCUCACCAGAGACUCCCGACUACAGAGACGAGAUUUCUGUCUCCAUCAGGUCAAGGGUACACAGUUCACCUCCGCAAGACGGGGGAGAUGGGGGCCCCCAUCAGAGCUCUGGGUGUUCUCCACAAAGUGGACUCGUGGGAACCUACCACAGCCCGACCAAGGGUUUGUAG